GCUAUUUAUAUGUUUGAGAAAGUCGAAUAGCGGGGACAGAUCUGGCAAUAUGAACAGAAUCGCUAUAUUGGCUGCUGUUGUAGUUCUAAGUAUUGCAGGAAUUACAGAGGCAAUGUAUCUAAUAAUCCCACCAAACCGUGGUAUCAGAAACUGGGACGAUGCGGUUGCCUUUUGUCGGCGACGGUCAGCAAGAAUUGCAAAGAUUGAUAGUGCUGACGAAUGGAAUACUUUGUAUGAUAUCCUUAAAUGUGAAAACAACAAAGGAGAUGGCUGGUAUAUCGGAGGUAGGGCAAGAAAUGGAAACUGGUACUGGGAGGACGGAUCAUACAUUUCAUACAAAAACUUCGCUCCAAACUUUAAAUUAUUCCCACAGCAGGGCACAACCAGAACUGUCUACAAUUACGCCUUUGUGCCUUCUGUUGGCCGCUACUGGAAAUAUGUGUCCCCUCGAUCAUCUAACGUUCUCGGAGUCAUUUGUGAAAAGUCGUGUUGAUUUUGAAAAUAAAAGAUUUUCUUCUGGU